AUGACAAACAAUCAUGGGAACUUGAACAUCAAUUCUUGCGCCGCAAUUCUAUUGAAAAGUGUUCGUGAAAGUCUAGUGUGUGAGAUUUCAAAGGCAAGAGAGAUUGUGACCGCGCAAAUAGGAUAUGAGAUAUCCUACAUGAAGGCAUGGUACACCUUGAAGCGAUGCAGAGAAAAUGUAUAUGGAACAUGGGAGAGUUCGGUCCAGAAGUUGCCAAAAUUUAUGAAAGCACUGCAACAAAGGAAUCCAGGCACAGCUGUUGAGUGGGAACAUCACGCGACAAAUCAUCCAUCGAAAUACAUAAUCAUAUACGUCUUCUGGGCCUUCAAGCCGUGUAUUGAUGGUUUCAAAUAUUGUCGUCGGAUGAUCAGCGUCGAUGAAACUCAUUUGUACACUAAGUACAAACAUAAGACGUUGCUUGCUGUGUGUUUGGAUGCGAAUCAACAAGUUUUACCACUUGCGUAUGCAAUUGUUGAUGAAGAGACCGCAAGUGCAUGGAAGUGGUUUUUCAAAUGCAUUGACAAACAUUUACUUUCGGGCAUAUCAGAUGGUAUUUGUAUAAUUUCGGAUCGAGGUUCUGGAAUUUUAAGUGCCAUCGAUUCAAUGCCCGAGUUUACGCCCCCUCGCAUCACCAUCGAUUUUGUUUGGAAGCUGAACUGGUAUUUUGACAAGAUUGGGGAGGAAAAUUCCAAUGCACACAGAUACUUGAUGAACAUGGAUCGAGAAAAGUGGACUUUAGCACAUGAUGGAGGGUCUCGACGCGGUCAGUUGACGACCAACUUGUCCGAGUCCAUUAAUGGUGCUUUGAAAGGUGCUCGUAAACUGCCUGUCACAACUAUUGUGGAUUUUACAUUUCAUCGAGUGGUUAAGCACUUUAUUAAUCGAGUAGCGAAAGGUAAUAAGUGGGAGCAAUCGGGACAACGAUGGGCCGAAUUUCCAUUGAAUAAGUUCAAAUUUGGGGAGGAACAUUCGACGACCCAUUACAUGAGAAGGGUCAACACUCGCAACUACGCUGGUGAGGUAUUCACCAGGGCAAAAGUACCUCAAGGAGGUGGAGGAAAAACACAUUGUGUCGAUCUUAGGGCCAAAUAA